AUGCGUGAAGAUGACCCCACGACAACACUCGACCGAUGGCUUGCCGAAUCGACUGAUUCGAUUGUCAGCCUUGUCGAAGCUUGUGAUAGUCGUUGUAUGGCCAUCGACACGACUAAAAAAUCAAAGGAAAUGCACGAUGCCAAAGUUCGCGAACUCAUGUCGAUGGUCGAUCGAAUGGUAGAACAAAAUGGUGGGCGAGUUUACACGAACGAAAUGCUAGAAAGAGCCGAACAGGCUUACAGAGAGCGAGAAGAAGAAAUGCUCAGAGCUCAACACGAGGAAGAAAAGCGACGUCAGCAAGAAAUUGAUCAGGCCCAGGAUGCUCUUCUUGCCACCCGUCUUCAGGCAGAAGAACGUGAAAAACAUUUUCGCGAACAACAUGACGCAUUGGUGGCCACCCAUCGAGAACAAGAACGACACAAUCGGCAAGCAGUGUCUGAAGCUCGCGAUCGCAAUCGUGAAACAGUCAAGGAACAAACAGGUGGAAUUUGGGAGUCACUAUGCAAACACACUUUGCCAGCUGUCGUUGAGAGUUUCAGUAGAAUGUAUGUAGGUUCAGGAGAAGUUUCGCCUAAUGGACAGGCAGAGGGUUCAUCCACAUCCAACAAUCAUCAACCGGGCGGAUUUUUUAGACAAGCAAUAGGAAGACAAGAAGAAACAAAUCCAACAAAUUCAUCGGUUCAACGUCAUGCUGACAAUACUGGCUUGCGUGGAGCAGGCGCAUCGUCGUCAUUCUAUCGUCAUCAGCAAAUGGUUAAUUUUCCUUCAGGUGGACCAGCAGAUCAUUCAUUUCACCAACCAGUAGGAUUUUCCAUGACACGUGGGAAUGGAUUUGGGGCACGUUCAGGUGCAGGUCACACAGGUGGUUUUGGCAGAGGUGGAUUUGGUGGAAAUGGAAGACCAGCUCAUCAUCAUCAUCAUUGA